CUCGCGGCGGAGAACGGAAAGAAGAGGCCGACAGAGAAGGUCCUUGAGCUUACUUAAGAAAGUAGUCUUCAAAGAAGCUGUUCCAUCUGUGAGAAUGCAGUUUCCCCUCUGACGGCUGCGAGUGGCAGGAUUCAUUUGUAAUGUGGCAAAUCUAGAAAAGUUCCCGCAUGUUUUCUGGAGUGGCACAGACCUUCACCUAACCGGGGGAGAAUUUCUUAGCAUUGGGUUCGUGCUACAUGAGGGACCAUGGCAGCCUCCCGGGCAGCCUCACGGUCUCCUCGGGACAUUGCCAAUGUGAUGCAGAGGCUGCAAGAUGAACAAGAGAUUGUACAAAAACGAACUUUCACAAAGUGGAUCAAUUCUCACCUGGCCAAGCGGAAGCCCCCGAUGGUGGUGGAUGAUCUUUUUGAAGACAUGAAAGAUGGUGUCAGGCUGCUGGCUCUUCUGGAAGUCCUGUCUGGGCAGAAACUGCCCUGCGAACAAGGCCGCCGUUUGAAGCGAAUCCAUGCUGUGGCUAACAUUGGCAGGGCACUGAACUUCCUUGAAGGAAGGAAGUCCAUGUACAGAGGAUCACCGAUUAAAUUAGUCAACAUUAACUGUACUGAUAUAGCUGAUGGCCGGCCAUCCAUAGUUCUUGGCCUGAUAUGGACCAUUAUUCUAUAUUUCCAGAUCGAAGAGCUGACCAGCAACCUGCCACAGCUACAGUCACUGUCCAGCAGCGCAUCCUCUCUGGACAGCAUUGUCAGCUCAGAGACCACCAGUCCACCAAGUAAACGCAAGGCAGCCACCAAAAUCCAAGGAAAUGCCAAGAAGGCGCUGCUAAAAUGGGUUCAGUGCGUGGCAGGCAAGCAGGCCGGAAUAGAAGUGAAAGACUUUGGACGCAGCUGGAGAAGUGGGGUGGCCUUUCAUUCAGUUAUCCACGCCAUUCAACCCACGCUGGUGGACUUGGAGAAGGUGAAAAGCAGAUCUAACAGAGAAAAUCUGGAGGACGCUUUUGCUAUUGCUGAAACACAGUUGGGCAUCCCAAGACUGCUAGAUCCUGAAGAUGUUGAUGUGGAUAAACCAGAUGAGAAGUCCAUUAUGACCUACGUGGCCCAGUUUCUGAAACAUUACCCUGACAUCCUCGGUGCCGGCACUGACGGGCAAGAGAACGAUGAAAUACUUCAAGUUUUCCCAUGUUUUGCAAAUUCUAUCCAAAAUUUUAAGAGAGAAGACAGAGUAAUUCUGAAGGAAAUGAAAGUUUGGAUAGAACAAUUUGAGAGAGAUUUGACAAGGGCACAAGUGACAGAAUCUAAUUUGCAGGAUAAAUAUCAGUCAUUUAAGCACUUCAGAAUUCAAUACGAAAUAAAAAGGAAACAGAUUGAACAUUUAAUACAGCCAUUACACAGAGAUGGUAAAUUGUCACUCGACCAAGCCUUGGUAAAACAGUCCUGGGACAGAGUGUCCUCUAGGCUCUUUGAUUGGCAUAGCCAGCUUGACAAAUCACUCCCCGCACCUCUGGGCACUAUAGGUGCCUGGUUGUACAGGGCGGAAGUGGCCCUGAAAGAGGAAAUAGCCAUUCAGCAGGCUCACGAGGAAACUGCAAACACAAUACAGCGGAAACUCGAGCAGCACAAGGAUCUGCUUCAAAACACAGAUGCCCACAAAAGAGCAUUCCAUGAAAUCUACCGGACCAGGUCUGUUAACGGGAUCCCAGUGCCACCUGACCAAUUAGAGGACAUGGCUGAGAGGUUUCAGUUUGUUUCCUCUACAUCAGCGCUGCACUUAAGGAAAAUGGAAUUUCUAGAAUUAAAGUACCGCCUGCUCUCACUGCUGGUUCUCGCAGAGUCAAAGCUGAAGUCUUGGAUCAUCAAGUAUGGGAGACGAGAGUCAGUGGAGCUGCUUCUGCAAAACUACGUCUCUUUUAUAGAAAAUAGCAAGUUUUUUGAUCAAUAUGAAGUAACAUACCAGAUCUUGAAACAGACAGCGGAGAUGUAUGUCAAAGCAGAUGGUUCAGUGGAGGAGGCUGAGAAUGUGAUGAAAUUCAUGAAUGAAACCACUGCUCAGUGGAGGAAUCUCUCAGUGGAAGUCAGGAGUGUGAGGAGCAUGCUGGAGGAAGUGAUCUCUAACUGGGAUCGCUAUGGCAACACUGUGGCUAGUCUUCAAGCCUGGCUAGAGGAUGCUGAAAAAAUGCUGAAUCAAUCAGAAAAUGCCAAAAAGGAUUUUUUCCGAAAUUUACCCCACUGGAUUCAGCAGCACACUGCCAUGAAUGACGCUGGCAAUUUUCUAAUUGAAACUUGUGAUGAGAUGGUCUCUCGUGACCUCAAGCAGCAAUUACUCCUGCUCAAUGGGCGAUGGAGGGAGUUGUUUAUGGAAGUCAAGCAAUAUGCACGAGCAGAUGAGAUGGACAGAAUGAAGGAAGAAUACACAGAGUGUGUCACUACCCUCUCUGAUUUUGCAACAGAAGCCCAUAAGAAAUUUGCUGAGCCUUUAGACGUCUCUUUUCUUAAUGUCAAGUUAUUAAUUCAAGACUUGGAGGAUACUGAGCAGAGGCUUCCUGUGAUAGAUGCUCAAUACAAGAUGAUCACAAAGACAGCACAUCUCAUUGCCAAAGAAAGCACUCAAGAAGAAGCUAAUGAGAUGUUUUCUAUCAUGUCCAGACUCAGAGAUCAGCUUACCAAGGUCAAAGAUGGUUGCUCCCCACUCCUGCAUGAGUCUCAGCAGCUGUUGAUUCCACUGGAGGAAUUGGAAAAGCAGACAGCAUCUUUCUAUGACUCACUUGGCAAAAUCAAUGAGGUUAUGACAAUUCUUGAGCGUGAGGCACAAUCUAGUGCUCUUUUUAAACAAAAGCAUCAGGAACUGUUAGCUUGUCAAGAAAGCUGCAAGAAAACUGUGACACUCAUUGAGAAAGGCAGCCAAAACAUUCAAAAGUUUGUGGCCUUAAGCAAUGUGUUAAAGCAUUUUGAUCAGACCAAGCUACAGAGACAGAUUGCAGAUGUCCAUGUUGCUUUUCAGAAUAUGGUAAAGAAAACCGGAGAUUGGAAAAAGCAUGUGGAAACCAACAGUCGCUUGAUGAAGAAAUUCGAGGAGUCUCGGGCAGAGUUGGAGAAGGUGCUGCGAGUCGCUCAGGAGAGCCUGGAAGAGAAGGGAGACCCCGAAGAACUUCUGCGAAGACACACAGAGUUUUUCAGCCAGCUGGAUCAGAGGGUCCUCAAUGCUUUCCUGAAAGCUUGUGAUGAACUCACAGACAUCCUCCCUGAGCAGGAGCAACAGGGGCUGCAGGAAGCAGUCAGGAAGCUGCACAAACAGUGGAAGGAUCUUCAAGGAGAAGCCCCUUACCACUUGCUCCAUCUGAAGAUCGCUGCAGAGAAGAACAGAUUCUUGGCUUCUGUAGAAGAAUGCAAAAUGGAGCUGAAUCGAGAGACCCAGCUGAUGCCUCAAGAAGGCAGUGAAAAACUCAUUAAAGAGCACAGGAUUUUCUUCAGUGACAAAGGCCCUCAUCAUCUCUGUGAGAAAAGACUACAGCUCAUUGAAGAACUGUGUGUGAAGCUGUCCGUCCGGGAUCCGGUAAAGGACACGCCUGCAACCUGUUACACGGCUCUCAAGGAGCUGAGAGCUGCCAUUGACAGCACGUACGCAAAGCUGGUGCAAGACCCAGACAAGUGGAAGGACUACACUGGCAGAUUUUCUGAGUGCUCAUCUUGGAUAUCAGCCAAGGAGAAACAGUUGAAGGGAAUCAAGGAUGCAGCCAUUGAUGCGGCCAAUCACAGCAGGGUUAAACGUGUGGUGGAAGAAAUCAGAAACGGUGUUAGCACAAAAGGCGAGACUCUUAGCUGGCUGAAAUCCAGGCUCAAAAUUUUGAUUGAGGUUUCUUCUGAGAAUGAAGCCCAACAGCAAGGAGAUGAGCUGGCAAAGUUAUCCAGCUCUUUCAAGGCACUCAUGACUUUGCUGUCGGAGGUUGAAAAAAUGAUAAGCAACUUUGGGGAAUGUGUUCAAUACAAAGAAAUAGUAAGAAGUUCCCUUGAAGAAUUAAUUUCUGGCUCUCAGGAAGCUGAAGAUCAAGCUGAGAAGAUCUUGAACACUGAAAAUCUGUUUGAAGCACAGCAGUUGCUGCUUCAUCACCAGCAAAAGACAAAGAUGAUCUCAGCAAAGAAGAAAGACCUGCAGCAGCAGAUGGGGCAGGUGCAGCAAGGAGCAGGUGGGCUGACUGACCCGGGCAGGGAGGAGCUGCAAAAGCUGGAGAGAACUCUGGCCAGUGUGGAGCACAGCAGAGAGAGACAGGAACGUCGCAUCCAGGUCACAUUAAGGAAAUGGGAGCGAUUUGAGACAAACAAAGAGACAGUGGUCAGAUACCUUUUUCAAACAGGUUCUAGCCAUGAACGCUUCCUGAGUUUUAGCAGCUUGGAAAGUUUGUCUUCAGAACUGGAGCAGACAAAGGAGUUUUCUAAGCGGACAGAAAGUAUUGCAGUCCAGGCUGAAAACCUUGUAAAGGAAGCUUCAGAGAUAUCACUUGGACCCAAGAAUAAACAGCUGCUUAAACAGCAGGCCCAAUCAAUCAAAGAGCAAGUCAAAAAGUUAGAAGACACGCUUGAAGAAGAGUAUGUGCUUCGCAAGUCCUAAGCUUUCUUCUCUGAGAUAAAGUUCAUUGCAUUCUUUCCUGUGUCUUGUAUUCAAAACAGUCUUUUAAAAUCUCAAAGUGUCUGUGUAUUUCAGCAUGUCUUGAGGAAGCAAUUCACAAUUCAAAAGGGAAAAAAAAAGGAUCUUCAACACAGGAACCAAUGUUUAUAGCAGAGAAAUAAUAUAUAAGGAUGUGGGUUUGCAUCUUAAACUGAUUAUGCUCAUAGGAAAGCCAUAUCUAUUCAAUUCUGUGGCCUUUGUACACUGUAGAGGGAAUCUUAAAAAUAACUAAUGUUUAAAGUAAUUUUAAUCAUAUUGCUCUGCCGUUGCCAGUUAGAGGAAAAGAGAAAUAUUUUGAUAGCAUAGAUUCUAGGCCUAAACAUUCUCAUACAACGUAGACCACGUCUCCAACUCAAAGCUCUUGAGCUUGUUUACAGUGCCUCACUAUUCAAAUUGCCAUGGAUUGUUUCUCUAUUUCCAGAAAUUAACUUCAAAAAGUUUACAUAAUUUUUAAAUAGUUAAUGUUUAUCCAUCUAAAAAUAACCAUCUGACCUACUGAUACACUGAAAUUUAUAUAAAAGAAGUUUCAGGAACUAAAUGUAACUAGGAUAUGACCAGUAAUUCUUCAAAAUAAUACAGAUAAACAUUUCUAUUUAGUGACAAAUCAAUGACACAUAGCCUAUUAAAGAAACAAGAUACUAU